GCGGAGAUGCUGGACCUGGUCAUCCUGGAGCAGUUCCUGGCCGUCCUUCCUGCCGAGAUGGAGCGCUGGGUCAGGGAAUGUGGGGCAGAGACCAGCUCCCAGGCCGUGGCCUUGGCCGAAGGCUUCCUCCUGAGUCGGGCCCAAGAGGAGAAGGAGAAGGGACAACAGGCGGCGGACUUGUGUGCAGAAGUGGCCUCCGCCUGGGAAAGGCCUCCCUCCACCUCCGUCCGGAUGCCGGAUUGUGCAGGACAAAGGGAACCUCUCAGCUCCACAAGUAAAGACCCAGCGACAUUUGGGUGGCUCGACUCCACUCCUUUGGGGUCUAUGUGGCUCAAUGAACGAGGUGAAUCUGAACCAACACAUACUGGCUUGCUUCUUCUUUUUGAUGUACGCAGCACACCUUCUGUGACACCAGAUCAGGUAACCUUCCAAGAGGUGGCCAUGUCUUUCAGUGAGGAGGAGUGGGCCCUGCUGAAUUCGGACCAAAGGGCCUUGCACCAGGAGGUCAUGGAUGAAAAUCUGGAGACUGUGUCCUCCUUAAAAUCAUCUCAAUACCGGGACUGUGGAGAGAAUCAGGAGCUGUGUCUCUCUGGUCAGCAAACAACAAGGAAGUCCUUCAAGUGCUUGGAGUGCGGAAAAUGUUUCUGUCACAAGCAAAGCAUGGCUUAUCAUCAAGCAACGCACACUGGAGAGAAAGCAUUCAAAUGCUUAGAGUGUGGAAAGUCUUUUAUUCGGAAGGGACAUCUCACUUCUCAUCAAACAAUUCACUCAGGGGAGAAACCCUUUAAAUGCUUGGAGUGUGGAAAGUCUUUUAUUCGGAAAGAACAUCUCACUUCUCACCAAAUAGUUCAUUCGGGGGAGAAACCCUUUAAAUGUUUGGAGUGUGGAAAAAGUUUCACUCAUAAGAACAUCCUCACCCGUCAUCAAGUAAUACACUCUGGGGAGAAGCCAUUUAAAUGCUUGGAGUGUGGGAAAGGCUUCAUUCACAAGAUUAACCUCACCAAUCAUCAAGCUACUCAUACUGGGGAGAAGCAAUUUAAAUGCUUGGAAUGUGGAAAGGGCUUCUUUCAGAAAAGUCAUCUGACUUACCAUCAAGCAAGUCAUACUGGCGAGAAACCUUUUAAAUGCUUGGAGUGUGGAAAGAGUUUCCCUUACAAGAGAAGCCUCACCUAUCAUCAAGCUACUCAUACUGGGGAGAAGCCAUUUAAAUGCUUAGAGUGUGGGAAGUCUUUUAUUCUGAAGGCACAUCUCACUUCUCAUCAAACAGUUCACUUGAGGGAGAAGCCAUUUAAAUGCUUGGAGUGUGGAAAGGGUUUCACUCAGAAGACAAACCUCACCUAUCAUCAAGCUGUUCAUUCUGGGGAGAAGCCAUUUAAAUGCUUGGAGUGUGGAAAGGGCUUCAUUCGGAAGAUACAUCUGAGUAAUCAUCAAACCAUUCAUACUGGGGAGAAGCCAUUUAAAUGCUUGGAGUGUGGGAAGGGCUUCACACAGAAGGCAAAGCUCACAGAGCACCAAAGAAUCCACACUGGGGAAGAACCCUUUCAAUGCCUGGAGUGUGGAAGAAGUUUCAAACAGAAGGAUAGUCUACGGCGUCAUCAAGCGAAACACGUGGGAGAGAACGCUUUAAAUGCCCAAGUGCGGAGCGAGCUUUUGCCAAUAGAAAUACCUCAUUUCUUUUACCUCAUCCCAAACUAUGAUGAGACUGAACUUCUGCAAUAGAGAGAGAGAUGACUUUAAAAUAGUAUUUCUUUGUUGUUGUUUAUUCGGGAAUUACUGGAUUUUUUUUCAAAAAAAUCGCUCUGAAGAAACAGGCUUCUUUUGAUUAAAUAUAAAAAAAAGAGUUCCCGAAAAUAAGAGGGAAGACAAAAACAGGUUUCCGGCUGGACAAGACUCGUGGCUAGGAAUAUGAAGUAUGUGUUGGGACACCACUUUUUCUCUCCACAAAGGAGACUCAAAGCAAGCUGUUCUCUUUGCUCUUCUUCGAUGAGCAUGGAAAGAUGUCUGUUGUGGCUUAGAUGGAUAGCUAGGCCGUGUUCACUGUUCUUUGGGCAAAGUCUUCUAUAACUUGUUAAGCUUGACUCUGUUCCAGGAUUGCUUAAGUUCAGUCACUCUAUUGCUGGCAACAGAAGCUUCUUAUUUGCUGAACUGCUGCUGCUACAGCCGUUGCUUUUUAAAUGUUUUGUCUCCAACAUUCUAAAGUGGGUGAAAUAUAUAUCUCAAGCAACUUAUAUAAUUAGGUUCGAAUAAAAACUUUUUCAGU